CAAAAAAAUCACUCUGACUCCCUGCAAAACAAAAUGAAAUUCAAUAGCGUUUGGUUUUAUUUUCCUUUAUAUACAUUUGGCUUUCAAUCUAUACAUCGUUAUUAAGUGAUUAGAUGCAUAUUUAUAAAUUAGACUUGAGAAGACAUUUAUUUUAUUUCAUUUUUUAUAAUUUUCGUUUGAUAUUGAGGUGCGGUAACAAAACGCAUUCAUAGUUAAUUUUUUUUGACAGGAGUGCAUCGAAGCUGUACAGUAAUGUUAUUUGUGAAAUAUUUUUGGUAAAUAUUGUUAAAUAAAUGAGCCGUUGUAGAAUGUGAUCAUAAUGGGUGGUUGCAUCGGAAUAACUAGAAGCAGAAGUGGGCCUAUAGAAGAAUCUUCGGGUACAGUGUCACGUCCCAAUUCCGGUGGACUUCGGAAGAACCAGUCACUUUGCCAUGAGACGAUAAGGUGGAAGUCGGAUGUGCCAUUGACGGAAGGUCAACUGAGGAGCAAAAGAGAUGAGUUUUGGGAUACGGCUCCUGCUUUCGAGGGUCGAAAGGAAAUAUGGGAUGCGCUACGUGCAGCGGCUGUCGCAGCUGAGGCUAUGGACUUUCAACUAGCUCAAGCCAUUUUAGACGGAGCUAGUGUCUCUGUGCCGAAUGGUUAUUUGACUGAAUGCUAUGAUGAAUGGGGAACAAGAUAUCAGGUGCCAAUCUACUGCCUGUCGCCGCCCAUAAAUAUGGUCAAGGAGGCGAGCGGGCGCGACUCCCCGGCGGAGUGGUCCGAGCCGGUGGAGGGGGGCGCGGAGGUGUCCCUGCGCCUGCGGCUGUCCAGCACCUGCAAGGACGUGGACCUGGCGGUCUACUCCAGGCAUACUAUAGCGCAGUGCAAGAACAAGUUGCAUGCGCAGGAGAACAUCGAGCCAUGGCGGCAGCGCUGGUUCUACGGCGGCAAGCUGCUCGGCGACCGCCUGCUGGUGGAGGAGGCGCGCGUCACGCCCGGGUACGUCGUGCAGGUCAUCGUCAGCGCCGACCCCCACCCGCCCAGCUAGUGGCAGAGCACCCCGCCCCCGCCCCCGCCCCCUACACCGCCCUCUGCACCGCCCCCGCCCCCCACGCGCCGCGUUUGAGCUCGCUCGCCGCGUGAACUUUGUCCGGCGCCGCGAUCCGCGAGUUAACGUCGUGAGAGUCGGAAGUGAUCGAUCCAGAUUUGAUCUGGAGGAAAGUGGCGCUGUGGCCGUGGACAGUUUUGUGUAUUGGGAAGCAGAAAAGAAACGUCUCUUCGGGUGUUCUGCGCGAUAAUCGGGUGAGCGUUUGACUUUAAAUAGUGAAGACGGAGCGGUAUAAUUCAAAAAGAUUUUUUUUCUGGCAUCGUUAAAAUUAUGAUUUAAUAUGUAUGUUUUACAGAGAUGGUUAGAUACGGUUUUUAUUAGA